UUCGGUACAAUUGAAUAACAAUAAAUGCGGAAAAUUCGCAAAUGAUGCGAAGGCGACUCUGAAAAAAGAGAAUUAAGUAGUCAACAAAUGGGACCAAAUCACAACGACUUAAAGUGUGUUAAAGUGCAGCUAGAGAUUUUCAAGAUUCAGGCUGAGCACGAACAGCAGCAGCAGCUGCAGCUGGAUUCGGUGGAGCAGCCGGCGAGCAACGAAGCUCAAGCGUCAAAAUAGGAGCGUCGACAUCGUCGACUGCAGCGUCACCAGCAUUGCCCAGUGACCGCUCGAGGAUGUCGGCGCGUAAGCCAGUGGCAGCAGCAUCGGCAGUAGGGGCAAAGACGGAUAACAACAAUACUUCGCCCACACUUGAGCUGGACGUGGCGCAAGGCGAGGAUGGUGCGACAGCAGCAGCAGCAGCCACUGGAGACACAUCAAUAGCAGGAGCAGCACUCGCUGAAGAUGCGGCUGAUGCUGAACAGGAAACGGAUAAGGAUAAACAUCCGGACACAGAAAUAAUAGAACGAACAGGUGAUCCCUCACCUCUGGUAACGGAAUGCGGCACGCCACGCAAAUCCUGCUCCGAGGCACUGGCAGCCAAGAAUGUGCGCGUCACGCGUCACUCUUCGCCGCUGCUACUACACAACUGGUCGCCGACCACCAAGCGAGAUGCACGCGACACAGCUGACUCAGUGACAACGGCAGUUGGCAGCGAUAGCGAUGAACUGCCCAGCGGCAGCAGCCAAAAAGGCAAUGCGCAGCUGCAACGCUCCCGCAAGUCGAUCAAAGAGCUAAAAGAAGCCAAAGAAGCAGCCGCUAAGCCAGUGGAGGAGCUGCUGGUCAAGGAGGAGGAAUCCACCGAUGCCAUUGACAUGCUCGAGCAGGAGGCAACAAACGAGCCGAAGGAACCGAAAGACACAAAAGACAAUGCCAAUGCCAAUGCAAAACCAAGCGAUAGAGAUAAGGAGAAGGACACCAAGGACUGUAAAGAAAAGGAGAAGGAAACUACACCCACACCCACAUCCACAUCCACAGCGCCACCACCCACAUCAACAGCAGCAGCAGCAGCAGCAGUAGCAGCCACAGCCACAGCAUCAAACACGUGCAACCGCGUUACACGCAAAGCGCACGCCCAGGAGCUAGCGCUGGCCAACAACAAUAACAACAACAACAACAACAACACACGGGUUACCCGCAAUCGGCGACAAUCAUCGACAGUCAACAAUGAGCCACAGCUGCCGGCGCGUGGUCGUCGAAAAAAGCCCGCUCCGCCGGAGCCUAAGGAGCAACAAAACCAAGUGCUGAAGCGAAAGCGUUCUGACGAUGACGCCGAACUGGGCCUCAAGUAUGCCAAGGUCGAGCUCAAGGACGAGGAGGACGAACAGGAUGCUGCGAGUACGUGUGCCACGGAAGAUGCCAAAACCACGCUGACCAUUAAGCUGGAGCCGCCGGACAACGAAGAGCAGUCUGCUCAUGGCUCUCAAUCACCCGCUGCCACGCCCACUCCUACACCCACACCCACACCUACACCGCAAUCAGGUAAUCGACGCGGACGCGGCAGGCCGCAGACGAAGGGAACGCCCGUCACAUCUGCUGCAAGCACGCGUGCCACGCGCAACAGCAAGGCGGGCUCACCAGGUUUGCUAGCUGGUGGCACAGUGACCACGCCGACAUCAACGCCCGCAGAGCCAACGCCGCCCAAGCGAAGGCGCGUGGGCUCGGCAAACCGAAGUCUGCUGUCCGCUAAAGCGGCAUCUGUCAGUUCCAGCUCGCUGGCCGCCAGCUCAACGGGCGGCGCAGCUGGCGAUGAGGACUCCAAGGACAGUCUGACUUCCACCUCAAUGGACGAACAUUUACUGGCUGCCGAAGACAUCAAGCAGGAAAAAGUAGUGAAUGAUUUCGAGGAGAGUCUCGAUGUCAAGAGCAUGGAGACGGAGUCAGAAGUCACGGCGUCCACAUCCGCUGCUGCAGCCAACGGCAUUGAGCCCUUGACCGUGGACAUCGAAACAGCUGCGGGACACGAACGGCAGCAGGCAGAGAAUGUGCCGCCCGAGGGCGAGGGCGAGGGCGAAACCGAAUCGAAUGCUGAUGGCAAAGCGCCAUCCUUGAGCCCUGAGCUGAUAAGCGAAGGAGUCAGCGCGAUAAGCGUUAAGCAGUUCUAUAAGAAACCCGAGUUCCUGGCUAACAAUCUCGGGAUCGAGAAGGAUCCGGAGCUGGGCGAGAUUGUGCAAAUUGCAAGCGAGACAGAAACUCCAACAGUAACAACAGUUGUAGCUGUUACCACUGCUGAAGACGAGGCAGUCCAGGCGGAAGGCGCUGAGCUUGAGCUGGAACCGGAGGCAGAGUUGGAGUCCAGCACUGCGACCAUGGAGGAGCUGCGCAUUGAUGAAAGCUGCGAUGGCACGGAGCUCGAGGCUCAAAAGGCAACGUUAGCCGAGAUGGAAGCAGAAGUGGAAAGUGUAACUGAAGCCGAGAGCUCGCCGAGCGGGCUGAAUGGCGAGGCCAAAGAGGAUGAGCUGGCGGCUAAAGCAGACAACGAUGAUGAUGACUAUGAAAGCGAGAUUAUGGAACAGCUGGCCAAGGAAGGCGUCGUCGAUGCCAGCGGCAAUGCGCUAAGCGCCAGCAAGCACAAUGAACAACACGAUCAGGAGCAGCUGGUGGCAUCCAAUGAAGAAUGUGAUACGGCACCGGAGUCGGAGCUGCCAGAGCGAUCCUCCAAGAAGGUGACGACUGAAAUGGUGCUCGCACUAGAGGUGGAGCCACUGACCGAAGAGCAGGAAGCGGAAGCGAAUGCUGUGGCCGACGAUGACACCGAUAUGCAAAUCCUAACCGAAGACUCCGCCGAUUAUCCCGAGGAGAACAAAGAGAAUGUGUCCACGGCGACAACAGAUGCGAUUGCUGUCGCAGCACCAGUUAGUCCGGAAACCGUUAUGGAACUGGAGCUGGCACUCAAAGCGGAAACGGGCACUAAGCUGGAACAGGAACUCUCCGAGCUGGAGGAGGAGAAACCAUUGGCUGCUGUUGCAGCCGAACAGAAGCAACAGUUGCCCAAAGCGGAAGCCAAUGGCAAGCUGAAGCUGUCGCCGGAUAGCGACGACGACCUGCGUCGCGAAAAGGAACGGCAUCUGCAGCAUCUCGGCCUGCUCACUCACCAGGCUGCCGAACAGGUGCGCCAGGAAUUCAUACACACGCACACGCGUGCCGUGCACCACCAGCAGCAGCAGCAGCAACAUCAGAGCGGCAAGCGAUCAGCGGGCAAAGGGAGCAGCGCGUCGCACAUCGAGUCGAGCGGCACCUUGAAGACCGUCAUCAAGCUGAAUCGCAGCAGUAACGGCGGUUCAGGCGGCGCCACUGGUGUACCCACUGGCACUGUAGUGCAUGGCGCUGGCAUCUGCCCAGCUGGUGGCAUUGGCACGAGCGGCACAGCAGCUUCAAGCAGCAGCAGCAGCAGCAGCAUGGGUAGCGCCACACGGAAAGGUGGUAUCGCUGGCAAUGUUGGCAGCUCGGCGCACGGCGUUCGUCGCCAGUCGCUCAAGAUGACAUUCCAAAAAGGACGCGCACGAGGACAUGGCGCUGCCGAUCGUGCGGCCGAUCAGCACGGGGCCCAUGCUGAGGACUCCUACUACACCAUACAGAAUGAGAACGAAGGUGCGGGCAAUCGAAACAAUUUGAAUAACGCGGGUAGCGCGGGACGCAAGACAACUAACCGUUUUAACAACCAUAAUAACAAUCAGCAGCCGCAGCAGCAGCAGCAAAAGCAACAACAACAAACAGCAAAACAGCAACAACAGCACAACAAUGCGUCCUCCAAGAAUUUCCUGGAUUCGUCGCACUCCGAAGGUCAUGGCGGUCAAAUGGAGCACGGCUUCUAUCAGAUGGUUAAGAAAGAUGAAAAGGAAAAGAUUCUGAUACCGGAGAAAGCGUCUUCGUUCAAGUUUCAUCCCGGUCGCCUGUGCGAGGAUCAGUGCUACUAUUGCAGCGGCAAGUUUGGACUAUACGACACGCCUUGCCACGUGGGCCAGAUCAAGUCUGUGGAGCGUCAGCAAAAGAUACUUGCAAAUGAGGAGAAACUGACUGUGGACAAUUGCCUGUGCGACGCCUGUUUCCGUCAUGUGGAUCGUCGUGCCAAUGCACCUUCAUACAAAAAACGCCUCUCGGCGCCCGGCCACCUGGAGACGGGUAGCGCAACUGGCGGCGGCAACGGCAACAGCCUGGACAAGCAUUUCGCCGGGGAAGCUGGCGACGCCGAGUUUGCGACAACUUCGUCCGGCGCCGUCUCCGGCUCGGCGGCGCAGCGUGCUUGCGCUGUCAAGGACUGUGCUGAUGCGGCCAGCCACUCGCUGAGGCGCAAAUGCGUGCGCAAGAGCGUUAAGAAGUGCCUGCUAAACUUUGAGAUACCGCCGGGCACCUCGAGCGUCUGGCUAUGUGAACCGCACUACAAUACGGUCAUCCAAUCCUCGGGCUGUGUGCUUUGCAAGCGUCGUCUGGGCAAGAACCACAUGUAUCAUAUUACCUCGCAGGACACUGAUCGCUUGGAGAAGGCGCUCACUGAGAUGGGUAUACCUGUGCAGCUGGGCGUUGGCACUGCCGUCUGCAAGCUGUGUCGGUACUUUGCCAAUCUGCUGAUGAAACCGCCGGAUAGUACCAAAUCCCAGAAGGCGGAGUUCGUUAAGAACUACCGCAAGAGGCUGCUUAAGGUCCACAAUCUGCAGGAGGGGAGCAACGAGGCCUCCGAGGUGGAUGAGGAGGAUGCCACGACUGCAACGGCAGCUGGAACUGCUCCAACUGCUGCAUGUGAUGAUGCCUCCAGCGAGCUGCCCAUGGUCGUGGACUAUGAUGGCCCCACCGAUUCCAAUUCGAGCAGCUCUUCAACGACGCCCAUUGGGCAUGCGAACAGCGCCAGCAAACAGAUGUCCAAGCUGCAGGCCAUACUCCAACAGAAUCUAGCUGGGGAUGUCGCAGCCGUCGCAAAUUGCACCUCUAAUUCCAAUUCAAAUUCCAAUGCGAAUGCCAAUGCUAAUGCCAAUGCCACUGCCAAUGCCAAUGCGAGUGCGAAGGGCAAGGCAGGCGCCGACAUUUCGAAUGUGCUGCGUGGCAAUCCGAACAUCUCCAUGCGCGAACUCUUUCACGGCGAGGAGGAUCUGGGUGUGCAGUUCAAGGUGCCGUUUGGUUGCAGCAGCAGUCAGCGCACGCCCGAAGGCUGGACGCGUGUUCAAACCUUCCUGCAGUACGAUGAGCCGACGCGUCGACUCUGGGAGGAGCUACAGAAGCCAUAUGGCAAUCAGAGCUCUUUUUUGCGCCAUCUCAUUCUGUUGGAGAAGUAUUAUCGCAGUGGAGAUCUGGUACUGGCCGCUCACGCUUCCUCCAAUGCCAGCGUUUACACACAAACUGUGCGCCAGCGUCUCAAUUCCUAUGAUCAUGGCCAUUGCGGUGGCUUGCAAAGCAAUGCCAAGGCAAAUGCCAGCGCGAACGCACCACCCGCCGAUGCCGUCGUCAACGCCGCCGCCUCCUCAUCGUCGUCGUCGUCAUCCUCCUCACCGAAUGCUGUCAACCCGUCAGCCAAUGCCAGCAGUUCCUGUUCUCCCAAUGCUGGAAGCGGCAGCGUGUUAGCCAGCGCCCUGACUGCACCUCAAGCCACUGGCAACAAUAAGAACAGCUUGGAACAGUCGUCGUCUGGCCAGCUGGAGCCCGUCAUUCCGCUUGUGGAGCUGAACGAUGACGAUGACGACGAGGAAGAUAUGGACAAGGAGGAUGAGUGUGGACUGCUGCCACUCGAUCACCUGCGCAACGUCUCCGUGGAUAAGCUCACGAAGCAGCUCAGCUCCAAUGCGGUUACAAUCAUAGCGCGGCCCAAAGACAGCGCCAAGUCCACCGGCGGCAGUUCAAGUGCCACCCCAGCCGUUGCUGUGGGCGACGACUCGCCGGGCAAAACAUUGCAGUCGAAGGAUGCUCCGCCGCUGGUGCCCACCAGUGCGUCCAACAGUCGCAGCAUUCUCAAGACCAAUUUGUUGGGCAUGAACAAGGCGGUGGAGAUUGUGCCGCUGGUCAAUCAACAGCAACAGCAACAGCAGCAGCAGCAGCCCAAUCACAAGCUUGCCGCUGCAUCCAGCGAGAAGCCGCAUAAGCUGCUGGACAUGGCCAAUAAGCAGUUCAGCAGCCAGAGCCACGGCGAGUUGCUCCCUCAGCAGCCCAAGUCGAAGCCACUGUUGGCCAAUGCCACGCCUACAAUGCUACAGCAGCAGGCAGCGCAAAAAUCAGCGCCUCCCAAUGUGGCACAGCUGCUUAGUUCGCCUCCGGAAUUGAUCAGCCUGCAGCGCCGACGCACGAGUGGCGCCGCCUCUGCAACGGCGACGCUGCCAGCGCUGGCGGGCAAGCGCCUGCAGCUUCCGCGCGCUGUAUCGGGCGGUGGUGGCGGCGGUGGUAGCGGUGGGCCGGGGCCCAGUGUGAUAAUGCUGCCGGACACGCUGACUCCGCAGGAGCGGCACGAGAGCAAGAGCUGGAAGCCGACGCUGAUACCGCUCAAGGAGCAGCACAAAGUGCCCAGCAAGUCGCCGACGCUUUUCCAAACAGCCGACGGGCGGCGUCUGCCCGCCCAGGUGCAGGUGCAGUCCGGCGGCAAGCCAUACCUUAUCUCAAUCAUUGACUACAAUCGGAUGUGCAUAUUGAGGCGCGAGAAGCUGCUGCGCGACCAGGUGCUCAAAGCGAACGCCAAGUCGAAGACAACCCAGCAGCAGCAGCAGCAACAGUCGCAGCACUCGCAGCAGCAGCAGCAGCAGCAACAACAGCAGCAGGCACUACAGCAGUCGCAGCAGCAGAGCUUUGUGGCCAUGAGUAAGAUGACAGCGCAGCAAACGGCGCGUCAGCAGCUGCAGCAGCUGCAGCAACAGCAGCAGCAGCAACAGCAACAUAAAUACCAGCAACUGCCCACGCUGCAGCCAGGAGGUGUUGCAGCUAGCAGUGCCCUACGCCUGGCAAGGCUCGCUCCUAAGCCGAUGCCGCCUCUGAGCAAUCCACAGAAUGCCACUGGAGGUGGAGCUGGUGGCAACGCCACUGGAGCAAAUCCUUCGAACUUUCAGCCGCUGCUGAGCAAUGCGCUGGCAGCGGCAACAGCUGCUGCCAACAACAGCAGCUCCGGCAUGGACAGCAACAGCUCGUGGCUGUGGAAGAACUUUCCGGAUGCCAAUCAGUAUCUAUUGAAUGGUGCCGCAGCAGCUGCAGCUGCCGCAGCCGCAGCCAACAAGCUGUCUCACUCGACAGGCGGCAAGUCGACGACGGCCACGAGCACCGGAUUGGGCAGUGGGAUAACAUUCACCCUAAAGCAGCAGCAACAACAGCAGCAGCAGCAGAAGCUCAUCGACAACGUCAUCAUGUCCAAAAUACCCAAAACAUUGACGGUGAUUCCGCAGCACAUGGCCGGCGGAGGAGGUAAAUCGACGGGGGAUGCCGGCGGGCAUAAGGACUGAUGAUUGGCCAGAAGCUUGCAACUAGAGAUAGAAAGAACUAAAAAUCCUGCCAGUGAAGGAAAGCGAAUCGAACAGAAACUAAUUUGCAUAAAGAAAGCAGCAAAGGGAAGCAAAAGCAUAUGCAUUUUAAAAGAUAUAAACUAAUAUAAGGUGACCGAGAGAAAGGGAAGUUGGAUCAGAGAUCAGAGAUCAGAGUCAGGGUGUUUUCUUUAGGCUUAAGAAUAAAGCAUGUAUUCAAUAAGAAUCAACCACAAAAGAAGCGAAGAAGCGACGAACCAAGCAGGAGUAAAAUGAAAAGAAGAGAAUAUACAAAACUUAAAGAUAGAUUAGGCUUAUGUAUAGUAUAUACCAUAUAUAUGUAUAUCUAUCUAUAUAUAUAUAUAUAUAUAUACAGCUAGAGUUGAAAACUAUACAAAUGGAUGCGAAAGAGAGGGAGAGAGCUGAAGAAUUUAACGACAAAGAUGAGAAGGGAAAGAAAAGGAAAGUAAAGGAUAU